GGCUGUGGUUUUGUGUGUGCGCUUCUGGAGUCCGGAGCCCGAGCUAAACAAAAGCAGGAGCCGGCGGGGCUGCCGGAGUUUGCGGAGCCGGAGGAGGAGCGAGCCGCGCUGCGCCUGCCGGGCGGGGGGCUGGGGCUCGGGCUAGCCCACCCCUCGGCGGCCGUUCGGCCCGGUGGGGGCGGGGGAAAGUUUGCCUCGCCAGCCCCCUGCCUGGUGCUGCUUUCUCCCGACCCGAGCCUGUUUGCAAAGGGAUUAAGCCGCCGAUCCGCGCGCCGGAGCCCAUUCCUGCCUUGUGAGGAGCCGGACCGCGCGCCCGGGGCCAGCUCCGAUUUCUUCCGUCCAGGGGGAAGGGGGCUCGUUUUCCUCGCUUUUUGGGAGUCGACACCCUUCUCCCCGGCAGCCCGCCCCCGCGCCCCGCACCCCUCCACGCCCCCUCCCCCGCCCGCGCCCCAUCCUCCCACCACCCUGCCAAGAGGGAGGCAAAGGGAUUUUUUUCUUCGGCGCUUCUUCGCCUGCCCUGUUUAUCCUGCCAAGGAUCCGGAGACAGCCGGCCGGGUCGGAGCCCGCAGCUGCCCGGGGCCGCGCGCACGAGCCGGGGCCGGGCCGGGCGGCGUGGCGCGGACAUGGACGAGCAGCCCAGGCUGAUGCACGCCCACGCGGGGGUCGGCAUGGCCGGGCACCCCGGCCUGUCCCAGCACUUGCAGGACGGCGCCGCGGGCGCCGAGGGGGAGGGCGGCAGGAAGCAGGACAUCGGGGACAUCCUCCAGCAGAUCAUGACCAUCACGGACCAGAGUUUGGACGAGGCGCAGGCCAGAAAACACGCUCUGAACUGCCACAGGAUGAAGCCGGCCUUGUUCAACGUGCUGUGUGAGAUCAAAGAGAAAACAGUUCUGAGCAUCCGGGGUGCCCAGGAAGAGGAGCCCACCGACCCCCAGCUGAUGCGCCUGGACAACAUGCUGCUCGCGGAGGGCGUGGCUGGCCCCGAGAAGGGCGGGGGCUCAGCGGCAGCGGCGGCGGCCGCAGCGGCCUCAGGGGGCGCCGGUUCCGACAACUCAGUGGAGCAUUCGGACUACAGAGCCAAACUGUCCCAGAUCAGACAGAUCUACCACACGGAGCUGGAGAAGUACGAGCAGGCCUGCAACGAGUUCACCACCCACGUGAUGAACCUGCUGCGGGAGCAGAGCCGGACCCGGCCCAUCUCCCCGAAGGAGAUCGAGCGGAUGGUGAGCAUCAUCCACCGCAAGUUCAGCUCCAUCCAGAUGCAGCUCAAGCAGAGCACGUGCGAGGCCGUCAUGAUCCUGCGCUCCCGCUUCCUGGACGCGCGGCGGAAGAGGCGGAAUUUCAACAAGCAGGCGACCGAAAUCCUGAAUGAGUAUUUCUAUUCGCAUCUCAGCAACCCUUACCCCAGUGAGGAAGCCAAAGAGGAGUUAGCCAAGAAGUGCGGCAUCACCGUGUCCCAGGUGUCAAACUGGUUUGGGAAUAAGCGGAUCCGGUACAAGAAGAACAUAGGCAAGUUCCAGGAGGAAGCCAAUAUCUACGCCGCCAAAACGGCCGUCACGGCCACCAACGUGUCCGCCCACGGGAGCCAGGCCAACUCGCCCUCCACGCCCAACUCCGCCGGUUCUUCCAGCUCUUUUAACAUGUCCAACUCUGGAGACUUGUUCAUGAGCGUGCAGUCACUCAAUGGGGACUCUUACCAAGGGGCCCAGGUCGGAGCCAACGUGCAGUCACAGGUGGAUACCCUUCGCCAUGUUAUCAGCCAGACAGGAGGAUACAGUGACGGACUCGCGGCCAGUCAGAUGUACAGUCCGCAGGGCAUCAGCGCUAACGGAGGCUGGCAGGAUGCAACCACCCCCUCCUCAGUGACGUCCCCCACAGAAGGCCCUGGCAGUGUUCACUCCGACACCUCCAACUGACCUCCCCGCACGCGCGUCCCAGCCAAGCCCGCGCCCGCCGGCAGGGCCGAGGGAGGGCGCCUCCCCCGCCGGAGCGGUCAGCCUGCAGGCGGAAGCAACCAGCAGACACGCGCGCCUCCGUCCCUCCCCCGGGGGACCGCUGCUUCAGCCACUCUGGACACUCUUUAUACUCUGUCCCUUUUUUCUGGGUAGAAACCGCCCCUCCCCGCCUCCAGCUGCCAGCCCGGCGUCCGUCACCUCCCUGCCCUCUGUCCUCGGCCCCCGGGUCCCUGCCCCCACAUGUCACCGAAGGAUAUUUUCAACAAUUAGAGGAAUUUAAAGAGGAAAAACACAAAGAACGUAAUAAAAGUGUUUGUACAUUUCCAUGCUGGUGGUCUGAGGAGCCAGGUCCGCCCCUCCAGGCCCUCGGUCCCGGGCAGCCUGCGACCCCGUCACCGUCACUGCUCGCACAGGAACUCGCCACACCGCCCCGCCCUUCUCUCAGCCCCGUCAUCUCUGGGGACUGGCACAGCCGCCUCCCGAAGGUGCCCGCUACCCGGGUGCAGCUCCACCAGGCUGAUUCCAGGCCGGAGGCCAGCGGCAGGAGAGGGCUCCAGAGCAGAAGGGCGGCGGCACCUCCCCAUCGGCCCGGAGCAGCCUGGGCAGAGGCCCAGCCAGCGGAGGCCAGAACCUACCGCAGAGCCAGGUGCGGGCCAGGCACGGUGAUGACGGUGCCGGGCGGAGGAGAGGGCCCGCGUCCUGAAACCCUGCUGCGGCCCUGCGCACUGCCCGAGGCCGGUCACCUGUGGAGUGCGGACACAGUGCAGCGCCUCGCCCGCCCAGCAGAGGGACCUAGCGACUCCGCGGGCGGCUCCCAGACACCAGAAGCUCUGCCGGCAACACCUGUGCUCCAGAGUCCACACCACGCCCGCGCACGGGCCGGGCUUCCAGUGCCCCUCCUCUUGCUCACGCCCCUCAAGCCUCGGGGAGCCUGGCACGGUGCUGACGGCGUCUGCCGCGCACUGGGGACACUGCGUGGCUUGGCUCACCCGGUGCUCUGUGGCAUGAGUCCCAUUCUGGAGGAGACGCCCGUGUGAGAACAUGGACGGCAGGCUGCCCACUGGCUCCCGGGAGGACCUGUGAGUGACGGAGGCAGGAGGGGCCGUUCCCAGUGAGGCCCCGGCGGUGAGCUCUGUGCCCUGGGACUGUCCACGGGAGGCGAGUGUGCCGGAAAGCUGUCCCCCGUGUCACCUGAGCUUGUGUCCUCUGUAGCCGGCUUUGCAGCAGUCAGGGUGGCAGGUCUGCCCCUUUGGGGGGGCGCAGUGGCCUGGGCUCGGCAGGGGCAUGAGACAGACGCCGCUUCCUUUGUGGCCGAGGUGUAAAUGUGAGUUCAGGAAAUGGUGUAUCUGAGAUACACCGGGUCGAGGUGUGGGGGGCAGCGGCGCUCCUGGGCUAGCUUCUGGUUUGUGUCCGAGCCCGAUGCCGUCACCGUGGGCACAGAGAGAAGGGUCUUGUUGCUCUUCUGUUUGAUUUGGCCUGUCGGGUUCUUGGAGUAGAGAUCAGGCCCCAACUGGGAAGCUCCGGCCUGGGGAGCUCGGCCUGUGCUUCAGUCCUUCGGGCGGCCGUGUAAGUGCUCAGUCCCCGGUCGCGUCCACCCUGCCCGAGGGGCUCCUGGGUGGGUGGGUGAGACCCCAAGGAGUGAGGCUGGCCCCUAGCAGGUCCAGGACGCUGCUCGGGGCCCGGCGGUCAGGAACAGGAGCACCCACGUGUGCGUGGGGGGGUGCACGGGUGAGGGAGGAGUCGGUGCGGCAGGAGCCCAGGCUGCUCACCGGCGCCGUGAUCCGACUGGGUGCCAGCCGGGUUUCCGAGAGGGCCUGUCACCGGACGGCCCGAGGUGGCAGGGACAGGAGUGCAGUGCCCGCAGCAGCUGCACCGAUCGCCACUGUCACCUGCAGUCCCUGUCCCUCACCCGCCUCUCCCUCCGCGGCCACACUGACGUCUGGCUCGGUGGCCACGAGGUCUCUUGUUCAGGAAAACGUGAGAGCAGAGCCUUUCGAAGGGCGGGGCCCACCUGGGAACCCCGCCCGCCGUCCGCGCCCACCCACCCACCAGGCCCACGUGCCCCUGGGGCCUGCCCACCUGGGGCCCCUCCCGCUUUCCCGUUCCCGCCCCGCACUGCCCGCAAGGGGUGGACGCCCACGCCGCUCCCGGCCGGUGGCGCCUCCUCCGCACAGUUUUCCUUCUGCUCGGCUGGUGGGUCUUUCCUUUGCCGGCUGCCUUUUCUCUCACGUGCCCCGCCUCCUCUCUCCCUUCCGAGUUUUAUUUUUCUGCCCAGAAAAACCUGACUUCGAUACCAAAAAAAGAUAAAACUACGGAAACUCAAAUUUAAAAGAAAAAACUUUAAAAAAAACAAAAAAAAAACUCGACGAUCCUCUCAGCUUUAUUAACAUUUUCCAUUGCUUCUUGCGAGUCAUGUCUCGUUCUUUGUAGUACCGAUGACGAACAUUUGGUGAGGAAUGUUCCUGUAUAUUCAGAUAAAGGAAAAAGAACCAAAAAAGCGGUCUGAAUUUAAUAGUGUUUAUAACGAAAGUUUUUACAGCGCCCCUCAUCGCACGCGACACAGGACGGGACCCCCUCCCCUCCCGGGCCGACGCCCUCCAUGCACCCCGCGUCUCUCUGGCACCGCACUGCCCACGUCUGCCACCCUCCCCCCUUUUUCUUUUCUUUUCUUCAUUUGUGAAUUAGUUCAAGAAUGCUAGACCAGUGUCGAGUUGUGCACACCCAUCUCCUGUUUCACGAUGUUUAAAAGUGACAGUUACUCAUUUUGUAAACUAAGAAAAAUAAACAAAAGGCUGGGGUAGUGAGCGUUUCCUAGAGGUGCAGCCUGACACACCGUUGCGUUUCUUAACUUUGAGACCCAGAGAUAAAUUCUUUCCUUUACUCCUGCUCUUGAAAAUAUAACAAGAAAUAAUGUUUCGUUUUGUGUUACUUUUGGUUUGUUUAUGGGGGGGCUUUUUUCUAACCGUCAGGGCUGUGACCUCGCUGUGUCGGGUCCGAACACGUGCAUGACACAGGUGAUGUGAAGCUUGGGCGGCAGAGGGGCGGUUUCUUGCUGCUUCUGUUUGGUCUCGGGACUGAGUGGGCGUCACAAAGAGCGGGCCCUCGUGCUGCCCGUGGCCCACCUGCGUGUGGAGGGCGUGACCCCCGCCGUGCUGGGGAAAACCACCACAGGGGCUUCCCUCCCCUUCGGCCGCUUAAAAGUUCACAGCGCCAGCCUGGGGACCUUUCACCACCGAGUAGGGAAAGGUUUUUGCCUCGUUGAUGGCGAACGUCACGGCGAAAUGCCUUCUUUUCUUUCAUACUGAUUAAUGAUGACAUUCUGGGUGCCUCUCCCAGCCAGAGAGGGUGCUCCUUGCAGAGGACGCCCUCGGGCGGUGCGGGCGGUGGGCACCGAGGGCCGGCCGGGGUCAGGCUGUUGGGCGAAGAGCUGGGGGGACGUGGAGCCCGAGUCCCGGGACUCCUGGGCUGGGCCUUUCGGCAGCUGUGAGCAGCUCGGAAUGUUUUUAUUGGUCACGAGGAAAAGAAGGCAGUAGGGCCGCAGUAGGGCCAGGGGAGACUUCGUGUGAACAUCUCCCAUCUCCCAAAUGACUGAGUGUUCGGGAAGCAGCCAGAACCGGAGUGAGAGAUGGGGGUGGGGGGCAGAGUUGGGCCGCGGUGCUGCUGCCCCAACGCCGCCCCCUAGUUUGUAAGUCACAGCGCGUGACGGGUUUCACAUCACCUUGGUGGCUUCACUCCCUAGCGCAAAGCUCUCUGGAAUCUUUUUUGUAACCUUUUUUCCCUCUUUUUUUGUUAAAGUGAAUAAAACAUUCGAUGUGUCCCUCCCUUUCUCGCUUACCCCUCUUUAUUCUCCUUUGGCAUUUCCAGUUAUUUUGAAGUGUUUGCCUUUGGUUGUUGGUUGUGUGCCCUGCCCCCGCCCCCGCGAAGCUCUGCUCUGUUUUGGUUUUGGAAGUUGAGGCUUCUCCGCCCCCCUGAGAGCACAGGCUCCGCCCCCCUCCAUUCUGGCUGAGGUUCGUGUUCUCCGGUGAUGCUAACACGGUGUAGGUUUUACAGUCUCCUAAUUUGUACUGGUAAUGCAUACUCCAAAUAAAUAGUUUCUUUUGUUGCAAAAAGCA